CUUACUGCACAACAAGUAGGAUCGAAAUCUGAAGAAGAAGAUGAAAGGGCAACUUUCAAAAGAGAUAGAGGUACCUGUUCAGGCAUCCGAUCUUUGGGAUGUUUACGGCACGCUAGAACUCGGAAAACUAGUCCCUAAAUUACUGCCUGAAGUUCUUCACAACGUCGAAAUCGAUAAUGGCGAUGGAGGUGUCGGUACAGUUUUAAAACUCAUCUUGCCACCAGGGUCCCCUAUAGCAUACUACAAAGAAAAAUUCACGAAAAUAGACGAGGAAAAACGUAUCAAAGUGACAGAGGUGGUUGAAGGAGGGUACUUGGAGCUGGGAUUUAGCUUAUACCGAAUUACGUUGGAAAUUACUGGAAAGGAAAGUGAUUCAUCAUCAUCGAUUAUCAUCUCAACUAUCGAUUAUGAACUUGAUGAUGCCUCUGCCGAUAAUGCUGCGUUGGUUUCUAUAAAACCAUUGGAAGUUAUAGCUGAAACUAUUGGGAUGUAUCUUAAAGACAAAAAAUAUGAUGCAAACAUUUGAAAUUCACAUUGUACUUUUCUUAAACUGUAAGGGGUACGUUUCUACUGUUCAGAAUUAGCUAUUCCGACCCUUUGAAAGAGUUGGGCCGUGCAUCUUUGUAAGGAAAUAAAAUUUGAAUGAUUUGUUUUUUUAGCGA